AUGGCGGAGAAUGGGGACGCUGAAUUGAAGGCCACACGGCGCGAAGAGCUGCGCCAUGGGCUGAUUACGAGCUCCACCAAGCGCAGAAUCGCGGAGCUCUCGGGCCUGCAGCAGCGCAGUGCAGAUAAUGCUCUCCCCACCACCGACAUCCAGUCCCUCCUAGAACUACUUUUCGAGACAUACCCACUAUACGAAGACCGCGAGUCGAGACGGGCCGUCGAAGCAGUCCUCAGGGCGCUCGUCGCUGGCCAGCAUGGCGACGCCGUCCUACCCGCCAUUGUGAAGUUCCUCAAACAGGAAUGCCUCAAAAAGGGAAUCGCACACGUGAAUGCAUUCGUGCUGGUGGACUGGUGUUCAGUGCUGCUCCUCGAAUUCGCAAACUCACCCGAACGAUGGGCCAAAUUCGGCAUCGACGUGGCGCUUGCGACUGCGCGGGUGCUGGAGACAUGCGUAGGAGCAGGAAGCACACGGCGAGCUGGGCGCAUCUCAGACUCGGCUCUGGUUUCGACACGGCGGGCUGUACGCGCGAUACUACGCUCUGAAGCGACCGGGCCGGACGCUCUUUCCAAGCUCGUCACGACCCUCACCGCGAAGGGCUCGGCGCCCACGGCUGGAAACGCCGUCUUCCUUGGAGUCAUUGCUGGAUCGGCAUCGCGACUGUCUGCCGUCAAACCCGAAUUCGAGAAGCUCAAGUCGGAAUACUACGCUUUCUACGUGCGCGAAAUCGUUGGAUCAAGGAGCCAGCUACCCGAUCACAUAUCGAAUGCCCUCUUUGAUUUCUUCACAAGCUUCGCCACACCGGAAGAGGUGCAGAAAGAGGUCAUACCGCCCAUUGAGAAGGCCUUGCUGAGAGCUCCAGAAGUGGUGCUCAACGACGUUGUUUCUCCGAUGAUACUGGCCCUCCCCGAGUCGAUGGACCUGUCCGAAGUCCUACUUGGAAACCUGCUUAAGCCGCUGCUUUCCAACGUCAAAUCCACUAAUCCCACCAUUCGUGCUGGCGCACUGCGCACAUUCGCAGCCUUAGCUUCGCGAUCCAAAAGCGACGAAACUAUUAACAAGGUCACUGACGAGAUCCUGAACCCUCUCAAACAGGGCAAAGUCUCAGGAGCCGACCAGAAAGUCCUUCAUGCACAACUACUAUCCGCACUGCCGCGUUCAACUGCCUUGUCACAGAAGAUACCCACCAGCAUCGCAUCUGUGGCACUUAAAGAGCCUAGUGAAGCGGCCGUGGUUGCUGAGGUGUCGACCAUGGCCGACCAUCUCACUUUUGGCCUGGCUAACGGAGUUGCUCUUGACAAAGCUGUGUCUGAUUCGUUCAUCAAGGGCAUGGCAGAUAAGCGUAUUCCCGUGCGGAGGCUGUGGGCUAUUCGCGCUGCGGAUAUAUGGUGGAAUCUGUCCGACGAACAGCGUACUCAAGCCGACAUACUCGCUUUCUGUCAGGCGACACUGCCAAAAUUGGUAGAUAUUUGGCAAGAAGUAAUCGCAAAUCCUAUUCCGGCAACACAGAGCGGUCUCAUCACUGUGGGCCACUAUGUCUCAGCUCUUCUUUUGGACAAAGUACAACACAUAAAGGACGAAAAAAUCGCCGCCAUCUACAAGAAAUCGGAUGUGCUUUCACAGUCGCUCGCAGUACAACCAAAACCUUCCUUUCUACUUAACCCAAAGGUGUACUCCAAGUUGUCCACAGAAGAUGACGUGACCAUUGCGCUGCGUGCCUUGACAGCAGUCGCACCCUUCUUAGUACAAGAAGCUAGUUCGACAGAGGCACAGAAUUCAUGGGCACAUGCAUUCAUAUUCCUCAUUGUAGGGCAAAGUGUUUCGGCCAAGGCUAAGUCUGCUGCCAAACAAGCUCUGACUCGGACCUAUCUUCAAGUCUCUCCUUCCAGCAUCAGCAACAUUAUGACCGAAGGCAUCUGGUCCUGGUACCGGUCCAGCGAGCGAGAGGACAAAGACAGCGCUGCAGUGGCAUCCAAGUCAGGCUCUACUGAGCUCGGUGUUGUGAUCAGUUGUCUCUGUGUACCAUCCGAUGUGGUCCGGAAGCAGGGAGCGAGCAUCGAUCAGAAAGAUUUGAGUUCACAAGCCCUGAAUUUGAUCGUAAUAGCCAGGAAGGAGAUGAUUCCUCGAGUAUCCUGGAUUGACUUAGGUGAGAUCCAUCGGUUCAGAUUGCCCAACACAGUCACUAACGCUCACCAGAACUUUGACAAUGCAGAAAUCCCGGCUAUCAGCCUUGCAGCAUACAGUGCUUAUACUGAUAUGGCCUUCGUAGCGCCAGCGGCAGCAUUACCAGCUGUAGUCGAACAGUUUAGUCAGGACCUCAAUCCCAAGCAACUGGAGUCGAUAGGUCCCACCGAAGCGGCCAUUUUCCGAACGCCAGCAGGUACAGCUUAUGUUGACGUUCUCUCGAAGAAAGGUCCGGUGACAAUUGACAAGAACACGAAAGACUACGAUACUCUCAAAUGGGAAGAGGAGCUACGAGCCCAGCUCGCACAAAAGAAGGGCGAGACCAAGAAGCUCUCUGCCGAUGAACGCGCCAAAGUUAACGCACAGCUUGCUAAAGAAGCAGCCAUUCGAGACGAAGUCACAGCAACAGAGCGCAAGAUGAGGCGAGGUGUCGGAAUCAUUAAGAGCCUUGCGACUGGACCCCCUACCGAGGCAGAGCAGUGGAUGGGCGCGGCUGUUGAUCUUCUGAUCCAGUCUAUUCGAUCUGGCGCCGGCCUUUUGCUGGGUGAUUUGCCCGCAACUGCUUACAUUGCUUGCUCGGAGCGAAUAUCGAACAGACUAGGUCAUCUACGACCUUUUGUAGGAGUCGCUACUUUGAGGACCAUUGGAUCCAUUCAGUUGUCCAGCGAAUAUGAAGGGGAAGACCUGGGUGACUUGGUAACCCUGCUCGAGAAAGGCGGGAUCGGGCGCCCGUCUGCUGAAGAAGCGGACGAACAGCUAAUUCUAGCCAUCGAGAUCAUCGCUUUCCACACCAACGCCUGUACAGAUGUGCGACUCCCACGCAAAGACUUACUCGAAAUACUGGUCUGGUCGAUGCAGCGCUACCAGCAACACUACAAGUUAAUCAAGGACUGCCUCACUAAUCUUGCUAGCGGCCUUGCUCCCAACAUCAACAAUGACGAGCUGGGUGCACUCCUGCUUGGGGCCAUUGUACCGGAGACCUCGGUCCGGACCGCUGUACUGCAGGCUGUCGACGCCGAGCUGGACACGAACGACAUGACAUUCAGUGAGGAAAUCUUCCUCGCUUGUCAUGACGACGUGCCAGAAAACGCCGAGUUAGCUCACACGAUCUGGGAAGAAAACGACUUGAAACUAGAAGAGGCAGCAGGCUCACAAAUGCUGCCAUAUUUGGAUUCGUUAGACAAGCAACUGAGAAGAGCCGCUGCUCGCUCUCUUGGUGAGGUCGUUGCGAAAUACCCAACAACCUUCCAUGGUCUCCUGGCGAAACUGCAAGAAUCCUACCGGGAGAAGGCAAAACCACGGAUGCCUGAGCGCGACGAAUAUGGUAUGCCCCGUAAAGUCGAUUUACGUGAUCCUUGGGAAAGCCGAGAUGGUAUCGCUCUUGCCUUUAAAGAAUUGACUCAGGCUUUCCAGCCAAGCGAUUUGUCGGACUUCCUCAAUUUUAUGGUCUACGAGGGCCCGCUUGGAGAUCGAAGUGCGGCUGUACGAGAAGCAAUGAUUGAUGCAGCUACGUCCAUCAUCAACACCAAAGCCCAAUCAGAAGUGGAGCCUCUCAUGAAGCUCCUCGAGGAUGCGCUUGAAGGGCCAGAUCGGAAGUCAGAGAUGUAUGACCAGGUCAAUGAAGCGGUCAUCAUUCUCUACGGUGCCCUCGGCCGUCAUUUGGAGGCCGGUGAUGAGCGUGUAGCCAAGGUCGUUCAAAGAUUACUUGCCACCCUCAGUACCCCUUCCGAAACUGUACAGUAUGCUGUGGCACAAUGCCUGCCACCACUUGUUCGCACAUCACAACAAGAGGUCUCAUCUUAUAUCAGCCAGAUUAUGGAUCAGCUACUUACAUCAAAGAAAUACGCAUCUCGACGAGGCGCUGCAUAUGGCCUCGCAGGUAUUGUUCGUGGCAAGGGUCUGGGUGUACUCAAGGAACACCGCAUUAUGUCAACACUCAAGGGCGCUUCCGAAAACAAAAAAGACGUCAACCAAAGACAAGGCGUUUACCUAGCAUACGAGCUGUUGUCACUGAUUUUGGGACGCUUAUUUGAGCCAUAUGUUAUCCAGCUCGUACCACAAUUGCUCGCUGGCUUUGGCGACUCAAGCGCGGACGUCCGAGAAGCCUGCCUUGACGCAGCGAAGACCAGCUUCUCAACACUGAGCUCAUUUGGUGUGAAGCAAGUGUUACCAAUCUUGCUGGAAGGACUUGACGACCAGCAGUGGCGAAGCAAGAAGGGCGCCUGUGACUCCUUGGGUGCCAUGGCAUACCUAGAUCCGAACCAGCUUGCCAUGAGCUUGCCAGAUAUCAUUCCGCCACUGACAACAGUUCUGACAGACAGUCACAAAGAAGUGCGAUCAUCGGCCAAUCGCAGUCUGCAGCGUUUCGGAGAAGUUAUCAGCAACCCUGAGAUCAAGAGCGUUGUAAACAUCAUCCUGAAAGCACUCAGUGAUCCAACAAAGUACACCGACGAUGCUCUUGAUGCGCUCAUCAAGAUCCAGUUUGCUCAUUUCCUUGACGCUCCUUCUCUCGCCCUGGUGGUCCGCAUUCUCGAGCGAGGAUUGGGCGACCGAUCAGGCACAAAGCGCAAAUCUGCACAAAUUAUUGGCAGCUUAGCAUAUCUUACAGAACGGAAAGACGUUGUUGCGCACCUGCCAAUUCUCGUUGCUGGCCUACGCGUAGCCAUCGUGGACCCUGUCCCCACCACUCGUGCAACAGCCUCGAAGGCACUCGGUUCCCUGGUCGAGAAACUUGGAGAAGAUGCUCUACCAGAUCUCAUCCCGAGUCUCAUGUCUACACUCAAGUCGGACACCGGUGCUGGCGAUCGGUUGGGCUCCGCUCAAGCUCUGUCAGAAGUACUCGCUGGUCUGGGUACGAGUCGCCUGGAGGAGACAUUGCCCAGCAUUCUACAGAAUGUCGCGAGCAGUCGAGCUUCAGUACGAGAAGGAUUCAUGUCUCUCUUCAUCUUCUUGCCGGCCUGCUUCGGAAACAGCUUCGCCAAUUACCUCAGCAAGAUCAUUCCACCCAUCCUUGGUGGUCUUGCGGACGAUGUCGAAUCGAUUCGCGACACUGCUCUGCGCGCUGGUCGGUUGCUUGUCAAGAACUUUGCUACCAAGGCCAUCGAUCUCCUUCUACCAGAGCUCGAGAGAGGUCUUGCGGACGACAGCUACCGUAUUCGACUCAGCUCUGUGGAGCUUGUGGGAGAUCUUCUGUUCAACCUCACAGGUAUCAGUGGCAAGGUCGAGGAAGAAGAAGUCGAAGAAGGCGCCAAGGAGGCUGGUGCAUCUCUGCUCGAGGUACUUGGAGAGGAGAAGCGCAACAAGGUCCUGUCGGCUCUGUAUAUUUGCAGGUGCGACACGUCUGGUCUUGUUCGCACAGCGUCUAUCAAUGUUUGGAAGGCAUUGGUGGCUACCCCACGAACCCUCCGCGAGCUUGUGCCUACUCUUACACAGCUCAUCAUCCGCCGUCUUGCAAGCUCUAACAUGGAGCAAAAGGUCAUUGCUGGCAACGCUCUUGGAGAACUUAUCCGCAAAGCUGGUGACGGCGUGUUGGCUACUUUGCUACCUACGCUAGAAGAAGGCUUGCACACGACAGACACUGAUGCCAAGCAGGGCAUCUGUAUCGCGCUUCGUGAACUCAUUUCAUCCGCAUCACCCGAGCAACUGGAAGACUAUGAGAAGACCCUCAUCCAAGUUGUCAGGACGGCGCUUGUGGAUCCUGAUGCUGACGUUCGUGAAGCAGCGGCCGAGGCCUUCGAUGCUCUCCAACAAAUCCUGGGCAAGAAGUCUGUUGAACAGGUCUUACCUUACCUCCUCAACCUGUUGCGUAGCGACGACGAUGCCCAGAACGCGCUCUCAGCCCUUCUCACGCUACUCACAGACCAUGCUCGUUCUAACGUCAUCCUUCCCAACCUUCUUCCUACUCUUCUCACCUCCCCCAUGUCUGCCUUCAACGCACGAGCGAUCGCAUCCUUGGCCGAGGUCGCAAGCUCUGCCAUGACCAGACGCCUGCCAAACAUUCUCAACACCAUCAUGGACAAUGUGAUCAACUGCAAGGACGAAGAACUCAGAACUGAGUUGGAGAGCUCAUUCGAUAAGGUGUUAUUGUCUGUAGACGAGUUUGAUGGUCUUAACACAGCCAUGAGCGUGAUGCUUGCUCUGGCUAAGCACGACGACGAACGGCGACGUAUGCGAGCUGACAUGCAUCUCGCCAAGUUCUUCGCCGAAUACGAGGAGGACUUCUCCAGAUACUAUCCUGAUCUCAUCCGCGCCCUGCUCAUCUCGUUCGAUGACGGCGACAAGGAGGUGGUCAAGGCAGCAUGGACUGCUCUCAGUACACUUACCACCAAGCGCUUACGAAAGGAGGAGAUGGAGUCGCUCGUUAUCUCUACUCGCCAGACACUCAACCAAGUCGGUGUUGCUGGCGCAGACCUCCCUGGUUUCUCACUACCCAAGGGUAUCAACGCCAUCCUACCUAUCUUCCUUCAAGGUCUCAUGAACGGCUCGGUCGACCAGCGAACACAAGCCGCUUUGGCUAUCUCAGAUGUUAUUGACCGCACAAGCGCCAAAGCACUGCAGCCAUUCGUCACGCAGAUCACUGGACCUCUUAUUCGUGUUGUUACUGAGCGAUCUACGGACGUCAAGGCAGCUAUUCUUCUCACGCUUAACAACUUGCUCGAGAAGAUCCCGACGUUCCUGAAGCCUUUCCUGCCACAAUUGCAGCGCACAUUCGCCAAGUCAUUGGCUGACACAUCGUCUGACGUUUUGCGAGCGCGAGCUGCCAAGGCAUUGGGUACACUGAUCAAGCUGACGCCGAGGGUUGAUCCUCUCAUCGCUGAACUGGUAACGGGUUCCAAGACCAGUGAUGAAGCCGUCAAGACUGCCAUGUUGAAGGCCCUGUUCGAGGUAGUGAGCAAGGCUGGCAAGAACAUGAACGAGGCAAGCAGGAACGCCAUUUUGAGUCUCAUCGAUACCGAGACUGAUGAUUCUAACGAUGCAAUGGCUAUCACGAAUGCUCGUCUACUCGGUGCUCUCAUCAGCUGUCUGCCUGAAGACAUUGCCACAGGUCUGCUGAAAACAAGAGUCCUCACAACGCACUUUAGCAAAGCUUCGGUGUUGGCACUCAACGCCAUUCUACUCGAUGCACCAGAAGCCCUUGCAGGCUCUUUCGCGGACGAUACUAUCCAUGUCAUCUGUCAAGGUGUCGCCCACGCUCAGCCCGUUAUAUCAGAUAAUGCUGUUCUGGCAGCCGGAAAGUACCUUCUCAGUGAAAAGACGAACAAGACCUUCGAACACACCAAACCCAUUUUUGAAGCUCUUGCACCGAUUGUUGAGCCUGGCCAUCCAGUGGACACGCGUCGUCUAGCUCUGGUUGUGCUCCGCACCGUAGCCCGCGAGCACAACGACCUUAUCCGCCCACAUAUCCCACUCUUGACUCCGCCCAUCUUCGCGUCCGUACGCGACCCUGUCAUUCCCGUCAAGCUCGGUGCCGAAGCCGCUUUCCUGACGCUUUUCAGCGUUGUUGAUGAAGAGACGGCCGUCUUCGACAAGUACAUGUCCGGCCCAGGAAAGACUCUAUCCGCAGGCCAGCAGAGGAGUAUGGGAGACUACUUCAAGAGAGUUGCCAUGAGACUGGCUGGACAGGCGCGAGAGAGGAGGGAAGCUGAAGGAGGUAGUGGCGGAUUGGGAUUGAGUAGUGAUGAGGUGGAAGAUGAAAGGGAAAUCUGGAGUGUCGGUAUGGUUGAGCUGGGUGACGUAUUUGGGGAGAACUAA